GUUGUUGCCAGACAUACAUUUUUUUGAUUGGUAAGAAUUGCCAGGUGACGUUUCAUGAAAUAUAAAAACAAGGAAGACAGAGAGAGGCCAAUAAAAAGAACAACCUGUCAGUCGGGAAAGAAAAGGAAAAGAGAUUAUUAAUCAACAGCAAGAGAUGGCACUUGGAAUUCCAUUGUACAUUCUGCUAAAUGCCAUGGUAUCAUUGAGUAAAGAGGCAGUUGUUACUGUAACUACACCCAUUACAAGCCAACAAAGUAACUGGACAGUUAACAAAACAGAAGCUGAAUACACAGAGGUGCCCAUAGCUUUGAAGUUCUCUCACCCUUGUCUUGCAGACCAUCAUAACUAUUGUAUCAAUGGUGUCUGUGCAUUCCAUCAUGAGCUCAGGAAAGCCAUAUGCAGAUGUACUACAGGUUAUACUGGAGAAAGAUGUGAGCACUUAACAUUAACUUCAUAUGCUGUGGAUUCUUAUGAAAAAUAUAUUGCAGUUGGAAUCGGUGUUGGAUUGCUAUUAAGUCUCUUCCUUGCUAUUAUCUACUGUUAUGUAAGAAAGAGAUGCAUGAAAUUGAAACAUCCUUAUAGAAUCUGCAAGAGAGAGAAGAGGCCUCUGUGAGAAGUGAACAAAAUAUCAUUGAUAAAAGCAGAUAUGGAACAGAACUGAACUGAAAUCUUCCAAGGAGAUCCAGCAGAAUAACAAGAUCUGGGUGAAUAAAAAAAAAGAGAAGAGGAAUAGAUCAAACCCUCGAUAUUCUAACCUAUACUCUGAAUUCCCAUGGAAUGAAUGAAUAGAACCACUUCAUUUUGACAAAACUUGACAGUGCUAAUGAAGUCUAUUAUGGAAGUUUUGGAUGCAAGAGUCAUUGACCCUCCCUGAGUCUGUUUUUUUAGUGUUAUUAUUCUUAAUACAAGAACAUUUGGUGUUUUUAUUCUGAUAUGGCAGGUAUGGAUUAUAGCAGUCAUUCCUGAAUUUGCUGUAGAGGAGUUUCAUAUUUAAGUUAUAAGUUGGACUACAUGGCUUCUCGAAUGCCUUUUAGCUCUAAAAUUCUGUCCUCAAAAGUUCCAUGCCUUAUGGAUGAGAGAAGAAAGACAUUUUCACAGAAUUCAUCCACUAUGUGGAAGAUCCUAUGCUAGGCCACUAGUUGGAAAAGAACUGUUGAUGUACAUACUCCUGAUACCUGUUAUCUACUGGCAAGUAGGAUUAGCCCCUUUUAAGGCUUCUUGUCUGUCCACAAUGUGGACUUAUCCACUUUAAAUAAGAUAUUUCUAUGGCACCUGAAAUGAAUGUGAUGACUGUUAUUAAAUACAAAACCAGUGUUAUUGUGGCCCAGGCAUGAAUUCAAAGAGUAAACUCUUAUUUCUAGAAAUCAAAAGUCUGUAGAAAUAUUAUUGACUUAGUUACUUGAUCACAACAGCACUUAUGAAAGGGGAGGUGAAUGAUCUUCAGAAGAAACAAGAAUCUCAAGCCAAUGACUAUCGUCUUAAGGAGUCAGACAUGAGCAAAGCCUUUCUUCCUCUGAAUGGAUCAUAAAAUAUUGUACCCUUACCCCACUGUUAUUCUUGAUUCAUAGUCUCUUUCUGCUAUCAUAUGUGUGAUUUAAUGAAUGGCUAUAUAGCAACAAUAAGAAAAUUGUACCAAGUGACCUGUGGUCCAGAGAUGGCCCUUAUAAUUUAUUUAGCCUAAUACGCUGAACAAGGUUUUUCAGUGGCUCAUGA